AUGGGAUGGUUUAACUCUGGCCCGGGAUUCGAGCCGAACGGCCUCGUUGAUGCAGUCGAAUGGGGGCAUUUUACGACCGUUGUCGACGUGGGAGGCAAUACCGGACUUGUGUCGCAGGCUAUCGCUCGUAAACACUCUGUCGUCAAGUUCAUUGUGCAGGACCGUGCGGACCCAGUCGCAGAGGGCCGGGCGAGGUUACCCCAGGACUUGAAGGAAAGGAUACAGUUUGCCGAACACGAUUUCUUUCAGGAGCAGCCGGUAAAGGACGCGGAUGUGUAUUUGAUGCGGUGGAUCCUGCACGACUGGAGCGAUAAAUACGCCAUCAAGAUUGUGCGUGCCCUUAUUCCGGCACUAAAGCCAGGUGCGCGUCUCAUUCUGAACGAGUUUGUGCUUCCGCCGCAAGCUUUUGUCGGAAGCCAUACGAAUAAGAUGUUGAGAACAAUGGACCUGAGUAUGUUGGAGUUGCACAAUGGAAAAGAGAGGGAUGCAGACGAUUGGAGGAAGCUAUUUGAAGACUGUGAUCCAAGGUUCAAAUUUGAAGAAAUUAUCCGGCCUCCUGGGUCGAAGUUGGGCAUAAUCCAGGUAGUGUGGGAGCCUUGA